AGAGAGAGAGAAAGAGAGAGAGAAUGCGUGGCUUAGUGCAGCAUGCUGAGAGCAUAGACAUGUAUUUAAUAUAGUAACUAUUUCUGUCCUGUGUUUUGGCAUUAAAGUAUAUUGUUGGGCUGGUUUGUUGAGGAUACUACAUAGUGGGACUUGUGUAAAUCUCUUUUCUCUAAAAGUCUGUGAACUUGACGGGAAUCAGAGCAAACAUCAGGUUGAUGGGAUGAGGGGACUCAGGGGCUUUGAUGCUGGGCUCCAGUUCACUUUCUUUUCUAUUGCCUUUUGCCUACAUGUACCUUCUGAGGUUGAGCAGCCACCAACAAUCACAGCUCAAUCUGAAGGAUCUGUUGUUGCUUUUGCAUUUGAUGAUCAUUUCACAUUGACAUGUGAAGCUACAGGGAAUCCCAAACCAGUGUUUUCCUGGACUAAAAAUGGCCUGAACUUUAACCCACAAAAUGACGUCCAACUCAAAACCUUUGAAAACAGUGGAAGUUUUGUUAUUCCAAAUGACAAAUACCUUGCAGAAUAUAAGGGUACAUACAGGUGCUAUGCAUCCAAUAAACUGGGAGUAGCUAUGUCAGUUGAAACCCAUUUCAUUGUACCUAGUUCACCAAAGUUUCCAAAAGAAAUUAUAGAGCCAGUAGUGGUUAAAGAGGGAGAUCCAGUGGUCCUGAGAUGUAACCCACCAAAUGGCAUUCCACCUCGCUAUCUCUACUGGAUGACUAUCGGUCUGGAACACAUUGAACAGAAUGAGCGAGUGUCAAUGGGAUCGAAUGGGAACCUCUACUUUUCAAACGUUUUGGAAAAAGACAGCCGUAGGGAUUACUGCUGUUUUGCUUCUUUCCCAAGGAUUCGCACCAUCGUCCAGAAAACUGCAAUGGCUAUUGAGGUCAUGUCAUCAAAUCCAACUGGUGAGACAGAUGUCGCAAUUUCCGAUAGAAAACCGAAUCUUCUAGUGCCCUCUGGUGAUCUGUUCCAAACAUAUCUGGUGCAAGGACAGGAUCUCGAGAUUGAGUGCAUUGCAGAGGGAUUCCCCACACCAACAAUAAACUGGACCAAGAUUGGAGGAAAGUUGCCAAAACGUACCAAUAUCAAGAACCAUGGAAAAAUGUUGAUCAUAACAAGUGUCACAGAGGAAGACAGUGGAAAAUACAAGUGCAAGGCACAGAAUUCUGCUGGUGAAGCAGUUCAUUUGUUCGACAUCACUGUAGAAGAGCCACCACACUGGGUGCAAGAGCCAAUAAAAAGUAAGGUACUGGCAAUUGGAUCAAAAGUAGAAAUUAAAUGCCAAGCUUCUGGAAAGCCACCACCCGCAAUCACCUGGAUGAGGAAUGGUGAAACUCUCCAAGCAUUGCCCUCAUCCAAUAUCACAGUGCUACAUGACACACUAAUCCUGUACAACACACAAGAAAAUAAUAGUGCCGUAUAUCAAUGUCAGGCCUCCAACAAACAUGGCACUUUGCUGAACAAUGCCAACAUCAUGGUCAUGAAUAUUCCUCCUUUGAUCUUGACACAGAAUUCUCUAAAGUAUGGCGCUGUGUAUGGGAAGAGUGUCAUCCUGGACUGCAAAGUGUUUAGUUCUCCACCUGCUGAUAUCCACUGGAGAAAAGAAGGCCUUGAAGGUUCUGUGGUAGGAAAACGGUUCAUUCUCCAUGAAAAUGGUUCCCUGCAGAUUCACACAACUGAGUUAGAAGACACAGGAAAAUAUUUUUGUUUUGUUAACAACUCAGAAGGCAGCUCCAGCAUUAAUGCACAUCUUCAUAUAAAAGAACCAACCAAAAUCGUGACCCCUCCUCAAGAUAUAAAAGUCAAGAGAGGGAGCAUGGCAGAGCUUCUGUGCAAGGUGCAGUAUGAUCAGUCAUUCACUGAUGAGCUACAAAUUCUCUGGCAGAAGGAUGGGAAAGAGAUAGAUUCCAACUACACUGAUGAUUCAAGCUUCUACAAUGAUAAGGCCAUAUUGCAGAUCAACAAUGUGAGCCACACAGAUAAAGGGAUGUACACAUGUAUUGCUAGAACGUCUCUCGACCAAGAUACAGCAUCUGCAUAUGUAACUGUGCUAGAUGUUCCUGACCCUCCAGUAAACUUAACAUUAUCAGAUCUGCGAGCUCGUAGUGUGGAGCUUCACUGGAUGCCUACCGAGGACCAUAAAAGCCCUAUAACAGAAUACAUCAUUGAAUUUGAGGAGAACCACUGGGACCCAGGCGAAUGGAGGCCACUGCUGCGAGUAUCUGGCCAAAAGAACUCUGCUCCUCUCUCAUUAUAUGGACACAUUAACUACCAGUUCAGAGUCAGUGCUGUCAAUGCCAUUGGCAGAGGUCAUCCCAGUAAACCGUCCGAGAGAUAUAAAACUCCUCCUGCUGCCCCAGAUAGGAAUCCGGAAAAUGUAACGAUUGUUGGUCAUUCACCUCAUCAGAUGGACAUUACCUGGGAGCCUUUGAAUCCAAUUGAACACAAUGGACCUGGCCUAGAGUAUAGGCUUAGCUACAGGCAGAUGGGUGUUGAGGAAAGCUGGACAGAGAAGAUUCUCAAGAGGCAUUCCUUUAUUGUGACAGAUACCCCGACAUAUGUUCCUUAUGAAGUUAAGAUCCACGCCUAUAACGAUUAUGGUUGGGCACUGGAACCCAGCGUGGUGACUGGAUUUUCUGGAGAAGACAUGCCAGGCGCAGCUCCUGAGAAUGUGCGUGUAGAGGUAUUGAACUCCACGCUGCUGCGGGUCAAAUGGUCUCCUGUCCAACAAGCCCAGCUCAGGGGCCAUCUUGAAGGUUACAAUGUGCAUUUGCGGAGAACAAAAAGCCUGUUGACUUCUACAGAAAUUCAUGCUGAGAAGCAGUUUCUGAUCCUCCCAGGCAAUCACACGGACACCAUAGUGCCUGGGCUGAAACCUUUCUCCCAAUAUCGCCUCACUGUCAAUGUCUUUAACAGGAAGGGCAAUGGUCCCAGCAGCAAGCCGAUCACCUUCACAACACCGCAGGGAGUUCCUGAAAGGCCUCCUAUACUCAGAGCAACAAAUCCUCAGGAUAACUCCAUCACACUGGUGUGGGCUCCACCACUUGAGGCCAAUGGUGUCCUCACAGGAUACAAUCUGCAGUACCAGAUAUACAAUGGUACAGUGGAUGUUGGUGAAGUAUACAGAGUAAACAUCAGUGGACCAGACACUACACAGUGGGUUCUACAUGAUCUGGAGACAGCCAGCUACUACAAGUUUGAUCUGAGUGCUUGUACACAUGUGGGCUGUGGACCAGCUGUCAGUGAAGAGAGUUUAACGGCUACUUCAGCACGUGCAACAGGCGCAUAUGGGAGUUUUUCUACUAACAGCUGGUUCAUCGGAAUCAUGUGUGCCGUGGCACUGCUCACUUUGGUAGCACUAAUUGCCUGCUUUGUGACCAAGAACAAAGGUGGAAUGUAUGCAGUGAAAGAGAAGGAAGACAUGAGACCACAUCUGGAGCCUAAAGGCAUGAAUGAUGAGACUUCUUGUGAAUACAGCGACAGUGAUGAAAAGCCUCUUAAGAACAGUCGGCCUAUGCUAGUGGGAGACAUCAAAGAAGACAACAGCAGCAUGGACAGCUCAGAUGACUACGGGAACGAGGACUGCGAGUUCAGUGAGGAUGGAUCUUUUAUCGGUGAAUAUGUUGGCUACAAACAAAGGUUAUCCAUGGAGUUCACAGUUUGAUUUGCUGUUUCUUCUUUUAGACUAUAAAAAUGAGUGAGAGGCUGUGUGUAAUUUAAAGAAUGCAAAUGGAUGUAUAUUAAGGAUCUGAGUGUGUCUGAAUGGUCAUGUAGUAAACACUGUGGAACACGCAAGCUUAAUAUCAUGACAAACUAAGUUUCUUCUUCUGGUUCUUACAUUAAUGCUAAAAUCUGACACAUUUCAGUUACAAUAGAUACUGCCAGGGCUAAAAGGGUUAAAAUAAAGUGAUAACCCACACUUUUGUUUUUGCAUGGUAUUUUCUUAUUUACAUAAAUUAUGCAUGCAGGUGCAGUUUGCCGAUUAUUCUUAAAGAGCACAGAAUUCCUAGAGAUUAUUGCCAUUCCGGAAAAAUCCAUUCCUCUUCAAUACAUGAACUUCAAAACAUGCUUGGCACUUAUCUUGUAUUGCAGCUUAUGCCUACCUCUAUUUUAUUUCUAAAAAAUAUCUUUUACCGAGUUUUUCUGUACAUAAUGUAUGCAGUUUUCGUUUCUUUUGUUUACAGUGAAUAUAUAUUUUUGUAUGUUUGAACAUUCUUUUUUUUUUUUUUACUUGUACAGAAAGUACUGUCAUACUGUCCAUACUGAAGUCAUAGAAUAUUAAAGAGUAUACAUGCAUAGACAAAAGGAAGACUAGAUACUGCGUGAUUAUUUUUGAAUUAUUUGCAUUAUUGUUGCCAACCACUUACAUAUACAGUGAUCUCCUGCCAUAAUAGCCAGGCAAGAAUCUCUAGUCACCCCUGCGCAAGAUUUUGGAGAGAUGUGGGUCUAACCUGAUCCUGUAUUUUGCUUUAUGUGCAUACUUAUUUUCAUAAAAUGUAAUGUUUGUUUUACAGAUACGUUGAUAUAACAGUGAUGUAAAUAUACAGUGGAACAGUCUGCCUAAACUCUUUCAAAAAAGUCCCUAAUAAAAUAAAAACACACAUUGUCUCUGA